UCCAGCGCCUUCCUCUAGAUGCGGACUGCCUCAUCGCUCCAUUCUGUCUCCACGGUUUGGACCGAGGGAAUCACUUUUGGUCCCAACACCACCUUGUCUCGUCUCUGCAGUGGCUAUUCUCGGUGAUAUGAGAGCUAAUAUAGACGAAUCCGUGUGCCAUAGGCGUCAGAUGUUCUUGCCAAAGCUGGAUCUCUAUGCAUUACUGUGAUCGGAGAAAAUAAAACGCAAGACACCGUGGCGCUGCUUGGAAUUACAGCGGACACGAUGGGCACAUUGAAGCAGAUCCUGCUGCUUUUCGCAGGUUUUGUUGCCGCAGCUCAUGGUCAAACUUGUGGUGGCUUGGUACAAGGUCUCAAUGGAACUAUAGAGAGUCCUGGGUUUCCUCAUGGCUACCCCAACUAUGCCAACUGUACGUGGAUCAUAGUCACUGGAGAGCGGAACAGGAUACAAUUGUCAUUUCACACCUUCGCUCUGGAGGAGGACUUUGACAUUGUCUCCAUCUAUGAUGGACAACCACAGCCAGGCAACCUGAAGAUGAGGUUGUCUGGCUUUAUGUUGCCAUCACCUAUUGUGAGUUCUGGGUCAAUUUUGGCACUGUGGUUUACUACGGAUUUUGCAGUGAGUGCCCAAGGAUUUAAAGCAAUCUAUGAAGUUCUACCAAGUCACACCUGUGGAAAUCCAGGGUUGAUACCGAGAGGGAUUAUCCAUGGGACCAGGUACAACGUUGGAGACAAGAUCCGCUACAGUUGUGUGAUGGGAUAUGUUUUGGAGGGUCAUGCAGUGCUCACGUGCAUAGUGAGUCCAGGAAGUGGUGCAUCAUGGGAUUUCCCAGCACCAUUUUGUAGAGCUGAAGGAUCUUGUGGUGGGACGUUAAGAGGAACAACAGGGACAAUAUCAAGUCCCCACUUUCCUUCAGAGUAUGAGAACAAUGCUGACUGCACGUGGAGUAUUCUGGCCGAGCCAGGAGACACCAUUGCCCUAGUCUUCACAGACUUCCAGCUAGAAGAUAGAUAUGACUUCCUAGAGAUCAGUGGCACAGAAGCACCGUCAAUAUGGCUGACUGGAAUGAAUUUGCCAUCCCCUGUCAUCAGUAGCAAGAAUUGGCUGCGGCUUCACUUUACGUCUGACAGCAACCAUCGGAGGAAAGGAUUUAGUGCCCAGUAUCAAGUGAAGAAGGCCAUCGAGCUGAAAUCCAGAGGGGUGAAAAUGCUCCCGAGCAAGGAUACAAGUCACAAAAAUGCAGUCUUAAGCCAAGGUGGGAUGGCUGCAGAUAUUUGUCCAGAUCCGGGGAUUCCUGAGAAUGAAAGAAUUGGCUCCAGCUUCCAGGUCGGAGCCAGCAUCCAGUUUUCCUGCGACGACAGCUACGUACUGCAGGGAUCAAAGAGCAUCACUUGCCAGAGAGUGACUGAGACCCUGGCGGCCUGGAGUGACCACAGGCCUAUCUGUCGGACUAGGACCUGUGGCUCUAAUCUGCGGGGCCCUAAAGGCAUCAUAACAUCUCCAAAUUACCCCGUCCAGUAUGAGAAUAAUGCACACUGUGUGUGGGUCAUAACAGCGGUGGAUCCAGAGAAGGUCAUCAAGCUGGCUUUUGAAGAGUUUGAUCUGGAGCGAGCAUACGAUACAUUAACAGUGGGCGAUGGAGGGAAGAUAGGUGACGCUCGAAGAGUCCUUUAUGUUCUCACAGGAUCCAGCGUGCCUGAUUUGAUUGUGAGUAUGAGUAACCAGAUGUGGCUCCAUCUGCAGUCCGAUGACACAAUCGGAUCGCAAGGUUUCAAGGCUGUAUAUGAAGAAAUUGAGAAAGGUGGAUGCGGAGACCCAGGCAUCCCUGCAUAUGGAAAGCGAACUGGGGACCGUUUUUUACAUGGUGACGUGCUGACCUUUGAGUGUCAGGCUGCUUUUGAAUUGGUUGGCGAGAGGACAAUAUCGUGCCAGCAAAAUAACCAGUGGUCUGGAAACAAACCCAGCUGCGUCUUCUCCUGCUUCUUCAAUUUCACCACUCCGUCAGGCAUCAUCCUCUCGCCAAACUACCCAGAGGAAUAUGGAAACAACAUGAACUGUGUGUGGCUCAUUAUAGCGGAGCCGGGCAAUCGGAUCCAUCUCAUUUUCAGUGAUUUUGAGUUGGAACCCCAGUUUGACUAUCUUAUCGUGAAAGAUGAUGGCAUGCCGGAGCCCACCACUUUUGGAACGUUCUCUGGGAAGGAUGUACCAUCGCAGAUCGCCAGUAAUGGGCAUAUAAUGCGCUUGGAAUUCCAGUCGGACCACUCAAACACAGGAAAGGGGUUUAACAUCACCUACACAACUUUUGGUCAAAAUGAAUGUCAUGACCCUGGUAUUCCCAUCAACGGGCAGCGCUUCGGAGAGCACUUCUUACUGGGCAGCUCAGUGCUUUUCACGUGUGAUGAGGGCUUCAUCAAAACCCACGGAUCUGAAUCCAUCACCUGUGUCAUCCAGGAUGGAAACGUGGUGUGGAAUGCGGCUGUCCCCCGGUGUGAAGCUCCAUGUGGCGGACAUCUAACGGCUCCCAUAGGAGUCUUACUGUCCCCCGGCUGGCCCGGGUACUACAAAGACUCCCUCAACUGCGAAUGGGUGAUUGAAGCCAGAAAGGAUCAUGCCAUCAAGAUAUCUUUUGACAGGUUUCAGACAGAGGUUAAUUAUGACACGCUGGAGAUUCGAGACGGGCCUUCCAACUCGUCGCCUCUGAUCGGCGAGUACCACGGCACUCAGGCCCCCCACUUCCUCAUCAGCACUGGCAAUUACAUGUACCUGCUCUUUACCACUGACAACAGCCGUUCCAGUGAAGGCUUCCAGAUCCGUUAUGAGAGCAUUAUGAUGGAAACAGAUUCCUGUUUAGAUCCAGGUAUCCCGGUGAAUGGGAAAAGGCACGGGAACAAUUUUGCCAUUGGCUCCAGAGUGACAUUUAGCUGCGAUCAAGGCUAUACUCUGAGUGAUGAUGAAUCCAUUGUGUGUGAGAGGAACCAUCAGUGGAACCAUGCCCUUCCCAGCUGUGACGCUUUGUGUGGGGGCUAUAUCUAUGGAAAAACCGGAACGGUUCUUUCCCCUGGUUUUCCAGAUUUCUACCCAAACUCUCUGAACUGCACUUGGACGGUAGAAGUGUCUCAUGGGAAAGGAGUGCAGCUUCUCUUCCACACGUUCCACCUGGAGGACUCCCAUGAUUACCUGCUCAUUACAGAGGACGGCAGCUUCACCGAGCCCGUGGCCAGGCUCACAGGCUCUGUCCUGCCACCCUCCAUCAAAGCAGGCCUGUUCGGCAACUUCAGUGUCCAACUACGCUUCGUCUCAGACUUCUCCAUGUCGUAUGAGGGAUUCAAUAUCACUUUCUCUGAGUACAGCUUGGAGCCGUGCGAAGAUCCGGGAGUACCCGCGUACAGCAGGAGGGUGGGCUUCCAGUUUGGGGUCGGCGACUCUCUGGUCUUUUCCUGCUUUGCGGGCUACCGUCUGGAAGGCGAGAGUAAGAUCACUUGUUUAGGUGGAGGCCGGAGAGUGUGGAGUGCAGCUCUGCCCAGAUGUGUGGCUGAGUGUGGAGCCACUUCUGUGGGCAGUCAGGGUGUCCUGCUGUCUCCCAAUUACCCAGCAAAUUAUGACAACAACCAUGAAUGCAUCUACCACAUUGAGACUGACAGAGGCAAGGGGAUUCAAAUCACAGCCACCACCUUCCUGCUUCACGAGGGAGAUUUCCUCAAGGUUUAUGAUGGUCAAGAUAGUUCAUCAAGACUCUUGGGCAAUUUUACAAAAAACGACAUGUCUGAUGUCAUCCUCAACAGCACGUCCAAUCAUCUCUGGAUGGAGUUUAACAGCAAUGGUACCGGUACCAGCAAAGGAUUCAAGCUGUCGUACAGUAGUUUUGACCUUGUCAAAUGUGAGGAGCCAGGGACGCCUAAUUAUGGCUACAAAAUCCAAGACGAUGGCCAUUUUGCAGAUACAUACGUUUUGUACAGUUGCAAUCCUGGAUACACACUGCAUGGAAGCAGCACGCUGACGUGCCUCAGCGGAGACCGUAGGGUGUGGGACAAAGCACUUCCAUCUUGUAUUGCCGAGUGCGGAGGACAGAUUAGCGGCGCCACAUCUGGACGGAUUCUGUCUCCUGGUUACCCGGCCCCCUAUGACAACAACCUUCACUGCACCUGGUCCAUUGAGGCAGACACAGGCAAAACCAUCAGCCUCCACUUCAUAGUCUUUGACACGGAAGUAGACCAUGACAUUCUGAAGGUUUGGGAUGGACCAGCAGAGAGUGGCAUUCUUCUGAAAGAGUGGAGUGGAUCGCUUCUGCCCGAGGACACUCACAGUACCUUCAACAUCCUCACGCUUCAGUUUGACAGCGAUUACUUCAUUAGCAAGUCUGGUUUCUCCAUCCAGUUCUCUACUACAGUUGCCACGACCUGCAACGACCCAGGGACCCCUCAAAAUGGGACACGCUACGGAGACAGCAGAGAGCCUGGCGACACCAUUUCCUUUCAGUGUGACCCUGGGUACCAGAUUCAAGGGGUGUCUGAAAUCACUUGCGUUCAGUUCAACAGCCGAUUUUUCUGGCAGCCGGAUGCACCCACCUGCAUCGCUACCUGCGGGGGCAAUGUGACAGGGCCUGCUGGGGUAAUUCUAUCACCCAACUAUCCCCAACCCUACCCACCAGGAAAGGAGUGUGACUGGCGGAUAAAAGUCAACCCUGACUUUGUCAUCGCUUUAAUCUUCAAAAGUUUUAACAUGGAGCCCAGCUAUGACUUCCUCCAUAUCUAUGAGGGUGAGGACUCUAACGGACCCCUGAUCAUCAGUCUGCAGGGCAACCAGGUUCCUGAGCGCAUCGAAAGCAGUGGAAACAGCCUUUUUCUGGCCUUCCGCAGUGAUGCCUCCCUGGGGAUGUCUGGUUUUGCUAUCGAAUAUAAAGAAAAGCCACGAGAAGCAUGCUUUGACCCUGGGAACAUAAUGAACGGAACUAGAAUGGGAAUGGACUACAAGUUGGGAUCAACUGUUACCUAUCAGUGUGAUUCUGGGUACACCAUUGCAGGCCCGCCCACUCUCACCUGCAUCAUGGGGGCUGAUGGGAAACCUGUAUGGGACAGAGCUUUGCCUAUGUGUAAAGCACCGUGUGGCGGGCAGUACACUGGAUCAGAAGGAGUGGUAUUAUCCCCAAAUUACCCUCUCAACUACACAACAGGCCAGACCUGCUCAUACUACAUCACAGUGUCUGGAGAAUUUGUGGUGUUUGGGCAAUUUGCCUAUUUCCAGACAGCCAUGAACGACUCCGUUGAGCUAUUUGAUGGGCCCAAUCAGAAUUCUAGGCUGCUAAGCUCCCUGGCUGGGUCUCAUUCCGGAGAAACCUUGCCCUUGGCCACCUCAAACCAAAUCAUGCUGAGAUUCAGCGCAAAAAGUGGCCCAUCUGCCAAAGGUUUCCAUUUUGUUUACCAAGCUGUUCCACGCACCAGUGAUACACAGUGCAGCUCCAUCCCUGAGCCCAGAUACGGCAGGCGGAUCGGCUCAGAAUUCUCAGCUGGCUCCAUUGUGCGUUUCGAGUGCAACCCUGGAUACCUUCUCCAGGGAUCCAAAGCCAUCAAGUGUCACGCGGUCCCUAAUGCUCUGGCGCAGUGGAAUGACACCAUCCCGAAUUGUAUAGUCCCAUGCAGCGGGAAUCUGACAGAAAGGAGAGGUACCAUCCUCUCCCCCGGGUUCCCGGAGCCUUAUGGGAACAGCCUGAACUGUGUGUGGAAAAUCAUUGUUACAGAAGGAGCUGGUAUCCAGAUCCAAGUCAUGAGCUUUGCCACUGAGCAUAACUGGGACUCGUUAGAAAUCUAUGACGGUGGCGAUAUGACGGCUCCAAAGCUCGGGAGCUUUUCAGGUACAACAGCUCCAGCCUUGUUGAACAGCACCUCCAACCAGCUGUACCUGCACUUCCAUACAGAUAUCAGUGUCGUCGCGGCUGGAUUUCACCUUGAGUACAAAACCGUGGGACUGACGACCUGCCCAGAGCCUGUGAUCCCAGCCAAUGGCAUCAAAAAUGGCGACAGGUACAUGGUAAACGAGGUUGUGUCAUUCAGCUGUGAGCCGGGAUACGUGCUUCAGGGACAUUCUCACAUAACGUGUAUGCCGGGAACUGUGCGUCGCUGGAACUACCCCCCUCCACUCUGUAUCGCCAAGUGCGGCGGGACCCUGUACGAUAUGAGCAAUGUGGUCCUGAGCCCGGGUUUUCCUGGGAACUACCCUGGAAACUUGGACUGCACCUGGAGAAUCGUGCUUCCUGUUGGAUACGGGGCACACAUCCAAUUUCUCAACUUCACCUCUGAGGAUAACCACGAUUUUUUAGAGGUUCGCAAUGGGCCGCAUCACAGCAGCUCUCUGAUUGGACAGUUCAGCGGAAGCCAAGUGCCACCCCCUAUAUUGAGCAGCACGCAUGAAACUGUCAUCCACUUCUACAGCGAUCACUCUGAAAACAGACAGGGCUUUAAACUCACUUACCAAGCAUAUGAAUUACAAAACUGUCAAGACCCAUAUCCAUUCCACAAUGGAUAUAUCAUCAACAGUGAUUUCAACGCAGGCCAAUCCAUAACAUUUGAAUGCUUCCCUGGAUACGUAUUGGUUGGCUACCCCGUGCUAACAUGCCAGCAUGGAAUUAACAGGAAGUGGAACCACCCCUUUCCUCGCUGUGAAGCUCCCUGUGGCUACAACGUGACAGCUCCAAACGGCACCAUUUUCUCUCCAGAGUACCCAAAUGAGUACCCAGACUCUCAGGACUGCACUUGGCUCAUCACCGUGCCCCAUGGUCAUGGGGUUUACAUCAACUUCACCCUGCUCCAGACUGAGCCAGUGACUGACUAUAUCGCUGUCUGGGACGGCCCAGAGCAAAGCUAUCCGCAGCUGGGAAUUUUCAGCGGCAACACAGCCCUCGAGUCAGCCUACAGCACUUUCAAUCAGGUUCUUAUCAAGUUCCACAGCGACUUCUCGACAAGUGGAUUCUUUGUCCUCAAUUUCCAUGCUUAUCGACUCAAGAAAUGCCCUCCUCCACCUACGGUUGAACAAGUAGAGAUAUUAUUUGAAGACCAGGACUAUGAAAUUGGUGACAUCGUGAGGUAUCGGUGCUUUCCUGGAUUUACGUUGGUUGGCAGCGAUGAGCUCACCUGUAAACUGAAUUCUCACCUGCAGUUUGAGGGUCCACCACCAAUGUGUGAAGCUCAGUGUCCUGCGAAUGAGGAACGGUCUGCCUCCUCUGGUGUGAUCCUGAGUCCAGGAUUUCCAAAAAACUACCCCAACUCCCAGACCUGCUCCUGGAUCAUCAGAGUGCAGCCUGCCUUCACCAUUGCCAUUUAUGUGGAAAUGUUCCAGAGCGAGAAGCAGUUUGACGAACUGGAGAUCUUUGAUGGGCCAUCUGGACAGAGUCCGUUGCUGGUGGCUUUGAGUGGGAACCACUCCACACAAUUGAAUUUCACUAGCAAAACAAACCAGCUUUACCUCAGAUGGUCAACUGAUCAUGCGACCAGCAAGAAGGGCUUCAAAAUACGCUAUACAGCUGCGUACUGCAGUGUGAACGAUCCGCCCAAGAAUGGAGGAGUCAUCAAUAGGGCAAGAGAUCGCCCAGGAAGCAGGCUCCAGUAUUACUGCAAUGCUGGCUAUAGGCUCGUGGGUCACAGAAAUGCUACAUGCAGACUUCAUCCCAAUGGGCUUUACCAGUGGGACAAUCCAGCCCCACUGUGCCAAGCUGUGUCUUGCGGAGCGCCAGAGUCUCCUGCUAAUGGCUCGUUCCACGGCUUCCAAUACACAGUGGGCAGUAAGGUGCAGUACCAAUGCGAGGAGGGCUAUAAGCCUGACGUGAGCAGCCUGCUCACCGCCGUCUGCCUGGAGGAUGGCACCUGGAGCAACGUGGCACAUCCUACCCGCUGUUUACCGGUUCAGUGCCCUAACAUUGAGAGCAUGCUCUCAGAACACAUGGUGUGGCGUCUCAUCUCGGGCUCGCUGAAUGAGUUCAGCGCACGAAUAAUGCUGAGCUGCUCCCCGGGCUACUAUCUGAUGGGCAGGAGGACCAUCAAAUGCUUAGCUAAUGCAACAUGGGAAGGGCUGGAGGAGAAGUCUACCUGCAAGAUCAUUUCCUGUGGGGAGCUUCCGUCCCCUCCUAAUGGCAAGAAGAUGGGCACCCUGACUACCUAUGGUGCCACUGCUAUCUUCAUGUGUAACACAGGGUACACUUUAGUGGGCUCACACGUGAGGGAGUGUCAGGCUAACGGUCUCUGGAGUGGAGAUGAGACCAAAUGUCUUGCUGGUCACUGUGAUUCUCCGGAUCCUAUUGUUAAUGGCCACAUCAGUGGUGAUGGAUCUAGUUAUAGGGACACAGUCGUUUAUCAGUGCAACCUGGGCUUUCGGCUCAUAGGGACAUCAGUUCGUAUCUGCCAACAAGACCACAGGUGGUCAGGCCAAGCACCUGUGUGUGUUCCCAUAACCUGUGGCCAUCCUGGAAACCCUGCAAACGGUCGGACAAACGGCAGCGAGUUUAAUCUCAACGACGUGGUCAACUUCACCUGCAACACAGGGUAUUUGUUGCACGGUGCAUCCAGAGCACAGUGUCGCAUGAACGGACAGUGGAGCAACCCUCUUCCUGUGUGCAAGGUGGUAAACUGCUCUGAUCCGGGCUUUGUGGAGAACACCAUUCGUCACUCUCAACAGCGCUACCCCGAGAGCUUCAACUACAGAAACACCGUGAUGUAUCACUGCAAGAGGGGCUUCUAUCUGCUCGGCUCCUCCGUCCUCACCUGCCAGUCAAAUGGCUUCUGGGACAGAUCACUUCCUAAGUGCCUUCCAAUAUCCUGCGGUGAUCCCGGCACACCGCCGUUUGCUGUCAUGUCGGGCCAGAAGUUCACCAACAGAGCCGUGGUCCAUUACUCCUGCAGCCAGGGCCGAACUCUGGUGGGGAACGCCACGCGCCAGUGUCUGGAGGAUGGCCGCUGGAGCGGCUCGCCACCCUACUGCUCAGGUGAUAAUCCGGGUUUCUGUGGCGAUCCGGGAAUUCCUCCUCGUGGUUCUCGUCUAGGGGAGGAGUUCAGACAUAAAAGCCUCCUGCGGUUCACGUGCGAAGCAGGCUACACGCUGAUCGGAUCUUCGGAGCGCACAUGUCUGCAGAAUGGAUCCUGGAGCGGAACCCAGCCUGUGUGUGAAGCUGUAUCCUGUGGAAACCCUGGAACGCCGGCCUACGCCAGGAUAGUUUUCAGUGAUGGUAUGCUGUUUCCUAGCUCGGUGACAUACGCCUGCUGGGAGGGCUACAAGACCUCUGGCCUCACCACUCGCCAUUGCACCACCAAUGGCACCUGGACCGGCUCAGCACCAGAUUGCAUUGUUAUCAGCUGUGGGGAUCCUGGUCCAACUGCCAGUGGAAUUUACAUCGGAAAUGAGUUCAUAUUCAACAAAACUGUCCACUAUCGCUGUAACCCUGGAUAUGUGAUGGAGCCCUCUGGUUCAUCUACUCUACGCUGCAGCAAAGAUGGCACUUGGAAUCAGACCAAACCAAGCUGCAGAGUCAUCAUGUGUGGCCAGCCUCCAGCUAUCCGCAAUGGGCGAGUGGAGGGCUCAGACCUGCAGUGGGGUUCUAGUGUUACCUACAGCUGCUUUGAAGGAUACCAGUUGUCCUCUCCUGGAAUAGCCACAUGUGAAGGGAAUGGCACAUGGCGUGGCGAAAUUCCACAGUGUCUGCCGGUGUUAUGUGGAGAUCCAGGCACCCCUGCAGAGGGCUUCAUAGAGGCCCGGCAGUUCACCUACAAAUCAGAGGUAUCAUUCUACUGCAGACCUCCAUUCCUGCUGGUGGGCUCUUCAAGGAGAGUUUGUGAGGCAGACAGUUCAUGGAGUGGAAUACAGCCUUCUUGCAUUGAUCCCACCAGCAAUGCAUGUAAGGAUCCCGGAACCCCAUCAUAUGGAAUUCCAGUCCAGGCUCAGGGGUUUGAGGUCGGAAGUAAAAUUUUCUUUAGAUGUCGGAAAAACUAUCACAUCCUUGGCUCAACGACGAGAACGUGUUUAGAAAACUUAACGUGGAGUGGGAUGCAACCGGAGUGUGUUGCACAUGCCUGUAGGCAGCCUGAGACACCAUCCCAUGUAGACGUGAAGGCUAUAGACCUGCCUACUCUAGGUUACACACUCAUGUAUACAUGCCAAGUUGGUUUCUACCUAUCUGGAGGAUCGGAGCACAGGACCUGCAAAGCAGAUGGGAGGUGGUCAGGCAAACCUCCAGUCUGCAAAGUUGGACCAAAAAUAAACAGCAAAUCAAAUGAGGAUCCAGACCUGCAGAAAAACAAGAUUCGUGUUCCUGCUGAUGUGUUCUCUCUGAACUCUGGUUGGGCUGGAUUCUAUGAGUACCUGGGAAAGAGACAGGCUGCCACAGUAACAGUCAAUGCAUUCAAUGCCACCACCAGCCGGGUCAAUGUCACUCUUCUGGAGCAGAGCGGGGUGCACAUUAAACUCUCUGGAACUUACAAGAAAGAAGAAAAUCAUCUAUUAUUAAAAGUUUACCAGAUAAGAGGCCCAACAGAACAAUAUUUUAGCAAAUUCAAAAAUGAUAACUGGGCAAUGGACGGAUAUGUUACAGCAGAAACGGAGAAAAAAAUGUUUGUUUACCAAGGGCACAUUCACAGCAAGGAUUUUGGGAAGUUUCAGUUAACAAGACAAGGUCUUAUUACCACAGAUAUGGAUCCGUCUAAUCCUUACUACGGCACAAACAGCAGUUCUGUGGCAGCUGCCAUUCUAGUGCCCUUCUUUGCUCUUAUUUUAUCAGGGUUUGCCUUUUACCUCUACAAACACAGGGCUCUAUCACAAGGCACAGAUGACAAUGAGAGACCCAAAGACCUGGCCGUUUCCAGAACAAGACCAAAAGUUCAGUACAAUGGAUAUGCAGGUCAUGAGAACACCAAUGGACAAGCUUCAUUUGAAAAUCCCAUGUAUGAUACAAACAUGAAGCCAACAGAGGCAAAGGCUGUGAGGUUUGAUACGACCCUCAAUACAGUCUGCACAGUAGUAUAGCCUUCAUUAUCAGCUCUGGACCGACCGGCCUCAUGGGUAAGCAGCGGAGCAGUGGGUACCAGAUGCCAAUUCUCCUUUACGACUGACUGCACUUUGCUAUAGAUGCGACUUUUAUCACAAGCUUACAAUGAACAAAAUAAAACCGAUGACUAUGUUUUUUACAGAAAAAAUUAAAAAAAUAAAUUAAAAAAAAGCUCCGACAACAAAACCCCAGAAAAAAAAAAAACAUCAAAGAAAAAAGAUUUUUCAAAGAAAGAAGUUCACUUGAUGCAUGUUCGGCCAGAAAUCUGAGGUCAACAUUCAUUCUGGGAUCUGUACCGUACGUGGCUCUUAAAGGAUGAAGGUUUUUUGCUUUUAUCUCUUUUUUUUUUUAUGUAUUCCCCCAUAAAAGACUUCCUGGGAAAGAUACUGAAGUGUCUUUGAACGCCACAAAGUUGUUGACACGAUGUAUUUUCUUCAGUGAAGACAAACCACAAAACGAGAAAGCAACUGGACUACUGUGGCUUAGCACACUUAAUAGAUCUCCACCUAGAAGGUGACAAAACGCUACAAGAAGCUCGAAGAAGAGAUGCUCGCCUCCGGGUGGAGGACAGAACUCAACCGCUGCGUUGAAAAGAAAAAAGAAUAAACUUUAUCGCACAAAUUUUGCACUAGUAUGAAAUGGAUAUGAAAUCAAUGUAUUGGAAGAAACUAAAAAUAAUAUACAGGGUUUUAUCGACCAUAUGUAUAUAAACAUAAACCCAUAUCCAUAGAGAGCAUGAUGUCAUGCUACGGCUAUCAAGAGAGACUGAAUUUAUUUUUGAAAUGAAGUUCUGUUUAUGUUUACAAGGUGAUAAGGACACAAUUGAAACUUACGAUCAUCACUUUUGAUUGCUUUUUAAUGCAUUCAUCAUACAGCACGUCACGCACAUGUUGUACUGUUCCUCCAUGGCGUGUCAGAUCACUCGCUUGGACCAGCGUACGCUGACAAAUUACAUUUCAUUUUUACGUUUGAAAUCAUAAUAGCUUUACUCACCAAUUUGCCGUAUCACCAAUUUGCUUUCAUUACAUAUCAAAUAUACCUCUUGUGCAGAACAUGACUGUAUGUUGAUGGCGCAGAUUUUGAGUUCAUUUAUCAGCUCUGUGUGGAUGCCUAUACAAGAUUUAUCUGAGCCCACAAGUUGAUGCUAUUAUUUUUCCAUUCCUCCUUUUUCCGAACCAGUGUGCAUCUCCCGUGCCCAUUAGAGACACAGAAUCAGCGGGGUUAAGAUCAAACUUACUCUCGAAGAAACACUGCCUUAUUAGAUUCAGAAGCAUGACCGGGCCACACCGGUUCCCAAUGACCCAUAUCAUUAGUACAUUAACCUAGAUGAAGAGCGUCGGGCUGCUGGGGUGCAUAUUCACUGUGAUUUAAAUGUCAUGACCACGCUGAUUCCAGUGCAUGUGCUAAAACUGUAAGUGCUCCCAUUUUCUUACGUGAACAACGUGACGCCUGAUGUUUUUCAAUGCUGUGUUAUCAUAUGCACUCGCGCGCUACACAUCGAGCAUAAAAUGUGCACAAUGACGACGUCGUGGUAGGCUUGCUGUCGGAUAUCAGAUCAUUUCCACGUUGAUUGUAUUUUCAGUCAAGACCACGUUUUGUUUCCAAAUGCGUUUCGUUGAGUCAUGCUCUCCGAUCGAACCAUUUCGGCCCGUUGGCGGUAAAAGGGUGGUGUGUGGCUUUUCUCACACUGCUGAUGAUCCACGUCUUGCCUUUUCUCAGGCUUGCUGCAAUAAUGUUUCUUUGUUCGGUUGCGUUUUGUACAGUUUUGUUUUUUCCUCACGACUGUAAAAUAGUUUCGCGACUGUCGAGCUGUAAAACUGCAUUCAGACCAACAAUCGUGCUACUCGCCAUUGUCAUUCGAUCAUGUGCUGCUGACUUGAAGUAGGUGCAAAAGAUGUUUUUGUACAGAAAUAUAUUUUUUAUGCAGAAUUUGUAAAAUUAUUAAAUAUGCUGUACUUUUUUGAUUAAUGUAGGUAAAAUUGUUAAAAUAAAUGUUUUUACUGUAUAAAAAUGUAAAUUAAUUGUUUAUCUACCCAUAAGUAUAUAUCUAUGGUUUCAAAUUUUCCAACAAAUGUCAAUAUGUACGAGCUUUUAUGAAAUAUUCAGCUCGUAUGUGUUCUUUGACGUGAGCAAAAUUAUGAACCCUAGAGAACUGUACUGCAGAUUGUUAAAUGACAAAUAUUUUGAAAAGUAUUAUUUGAGAUAAAUAUUAAACUUUUUCUAAAAGUU